AUGCCAAAAAUCAAGGAACGAGCAUCCUAUCUUUGGCAACUGACUGGAUUGAUAUCCAUGAUCGCAUCUGCGCAUCUCGAUCUCAAGAAUUUCGAUCCGGGGUCAAUUUGUUACUGCAAUGUGUUUUUUUCUUCCCUUCUUCUCUUAUCCUUGGGAAUCCUGGUAGGAAGAGGGUUUGAUAAGAGAAGCACUGCACCAGAGGAACGUCAAUUUUGGAAAUCCACAUAUUCGGGAGUCCCCCUGGCCCAGGCCCAGAUGUCCGAAAUAGGUGAUACCUCCUCGGUAACUUGUACUUGGAAGAUAUACUCUGUAGUACGUAGAAGAUGA